UGCAGACAGACCAAAAGGUCAUCUUGCUGGACGUCAACAGUCCGUAUUUUACGGAUAAAUAAUCUGCUCCUUCAAGUCUGGUCUGCAUACUCCAGUCCUGUCCCCAAAAACCUUAAACAAUUAGUAACUUUAAUUUCUUUGUGUACCCUACUCUCCUUAUCCGGUGCUUUUUUAUUUUUCAUAUGGCUAUACAACUCUUUACAGUAUACUUUUUAUCCAUCAGCCAUAUUAUCCACAGCCUCUGCCAUUGUUACAUUGAUUACCCUGGUCUUAUUGCAUCCAAUUCGUUGCAUACUAACCAUAAUUAUCCCGACAAUAGGGACCAAACAAGGCCGAAAACUACUUUUAUCAUCUUGCUUUAUGGCUGUGGCAUUUAACAUUAUUCCAAAUAUUGUCACAAAUACAAGAACUAUUUUUCAAAUGAUCAGAUGCAUUUCAAGGCACUCAGCCAAUAGGAUUAUAAAUUCAACAUAUUAUUUUGAAGUGGUUACCGAAGAUGUAAGCAAAGUGUUUAUCACACAAGUUAUAAAUUCAGCGAGGGAAAUUAACUUUGGGAAGGUGAAUAUUUUUGCUCAAAGUGAAACCUCUUUAGUAGAGAGACAAUUAUUAAAAACUACUGAGAAGAUCAAACAUGAGUUUUUAUCCAUUGAGUUACUACUUAAGGAUGGAAUAUUGACAACUAAUAGGGUUUUGGCUAUUUUCUUUAUUGCAUUUCUACUUUUUAAUGGAUCCUGGUAUUUAAAAAAGUAUUUAACUGACAUUAAGUUUGACAACUCAUAUAUCACAAAUAAGCUAGAGAAAGUGGUUCUAGAAAAAAAAGCUUCUGAUAUAUUAACUUUUUCUACCAAAUAUCUAAUAAGAUCAACUGGACUCAAACUCUCCAAAAGAGAACUCUGGAUAUGCCUGUUUCGCAUUGUGAUCCUUUCUUUGUUCUUGUUACCUACGGCAUUGAUAAUAGCAUCAGACCACAUCACCUUUCAGUUUGCAAUGGCUGUAGGAAACUGGAUUGAUACUCUACCAGACAUACCUUUAACAUUGCAAAUAAAUUAUCGAGGUACGUUAAAGAUUUGUGGAGUACUGAAAUCUAGUAUUUCACAUAACAAGGAAUACCCAUGGCACAUGACCAUUGUUUCAUCCAACUGUAAAACACAAGCAAGUUCUCCAAAUAAUUCUAUAAUUAUCACAGUUGGAUUAAUCUACUCACUGAUGUAUGCCAUGAUUUUUUUGGAGGCUUAUGCGCAACGCUUGCAAAGGAAAAUAUCAGCUUCAUUUUAUGAGAGAAGAGAAGAUGAGAGAGUUUCAUAUCUUUUUGAAAAAAUAUUGAAAAAACAUUCUGCAAAUGUGAGCCGUACCCAAGAAACAUAACAUUUUUAACAACA